AGGGUUGAGAAUAGAUAGAUAACAAAAGAACAAGAAGGCAUACGCUGCAAGCGAGUCCAACAUCAAGAGGAGGAAGCAACGCAGUCAAGCGCGACUUGCUGUUCUUUGCGAGACAGGAGGAGGAGGAGGAGGAGGAGGAGGAAGGGGCGCUUCCUCUUCAGGCUGCUGAUGUAUCCCAGAAGCCCCUGCCCACAGCAGCAGGAGACCUCGAUAUAAAAAGCAGCCGGCUCAGGCUCGGGCAAGUGUGUCUCAGCCGCGGCAUGACCCGGACCGGGAGCCGGAGAAGUUGGACUUAACAAAACAAUGCCAAGCCUAAUUGUCCAAGCACCUGCACAGCACCACUUCAUCAUGGACAGAGAUGACAGGAAGCGCAACAAGAACAUCGGAAAGAACUUCAUGUGCCGACUCCAGUGCAUGUUCUCGCACUCAUCCGGUUCUGAGAGCAGGCUGACUUUAGAAGAUACCCAGCAAUGGUCCCAGUCUUUGGAACGCCUUCUGGAUUCCAAAUACGGAUUAGCGGCGUUUCGCAACUUUUUGAAAUCUGAAUACAGCGAUGAGAAUAUCGAGUUCUGGCUCACCUGCGAGGACUACAAGAAGAUUAAGUCGUCAUUUCGAAUGGCGUCCAAAGCCAAGAAGAUUUAUGAACAAUUUAUCAAAGCGGAAUCUCCCAAAGAGAUCAACAUUGAUUAUCACACUCGUGAGCAGAUCAAACGAAGCGUCAAAAGCGCCACCGUGCACUGUUUCGAUGAUGCUCAGAAGAUGGUUUACGGGCUGAUGGAAAGAGACUCGUACCCGCGGUUCCUGCGCUCGGACAUUUACAGAACUCUACUGGAAAACCUUUCGGCCGACGCCACAAAGGGAUGAAAGCGAAAGCGCGCCAACGGACAUCCAACUCAUGACUGGAAAGCUGGACCCUCUUCAGCAGGGAGGAUUGGUUUUGUCGGAUGGCCAAUAAGACAAAAACGGAAAAGGCCAAGAAGUCGUCACCGGGCCUUCCACUUUGGAUUUCCACACUGAGCACUGUGCACCUAUCAAUGUGAAAGGACUCAAGAAAACCUGCCACCACUCCUGAAAAAAUUAAAAUGACGGGAUGCAACUGAGUUGUUGCGGCUUUUGGCAAACAUAGAAACUCUGAACGACUGACACCUGCUCUGAUCAAUGAGCUGACAACACAUACACAUACACGCACGCACGCAAAUACAACAGACCAGACCUCAACGUCCGUCUUUGCAGAGUUGCUUCCUUUGUGAUAAACGAUAAAGAUUGCAAAAUAAGAAUCCCACUAACUUCAAUAUGUGCGUUUUGGAAGAUGGUGAUACUAUGCUAUCACCAUUUUUCAAGUUUUUAUUCAUACAUUUAUUGACAAUGGGAGGCAUGCCAUUGUUGCGAUUCACCGAACAUUACAGCUCCGAUGGGGAGUGAAGGCAACGUGAAGCUUCAAAUUUGCCUCAUGAAUCAGUCU